UCUCGGUGGCGUCUGUGGGGGAUUCUACAGCGCGCAUAGCAACCAUUUAGUUAUGUUCUAUUCUUAGAUAUAUUGCUUUUUAAAGACAACAGGAUUUUCUCUAUUAAUUAUAUAUUGCUUUAUUCACUUGAGGACUCGAAGUAGCUUAAUUUGUUUUGUUAUGAUAUUAUAUUUACGUACUUGUCUCCUGUUAAUGUGUAUGUGAACAAGGUAAAGGAAACUGAUAUUCGUGAUGCAUUUAAAACCUACGUAAGACCUUUGUAUCCGUAUAAGCAAAUAUAGGUUCCCUGAUUUGACAUGUUGAUUAGCUGAGUAAUGUAAAUUGAGUUCAUAAAAGUAUAGUAGGGCAGUGUUAGUGUAAAAUGUGUUGAGGAAAGACAUGUAGAAAAAUUGAGAAAUGAUGAGACAAGGCGUACGUUUGAGUUUUCUUUGAAGAAAUUUCUUGGUUCGUGGAGAAGUAUAUAUGUUUCGAGCCAGCGUAAUUGAGAUAGAUUGCGAUCUAUAACAGCGUCCUCCUAACCCUUUUUGACCCAAGAUAGCGCCCUGUAUAAAACUAAACCAAAGAGAUUAUUUGCCAUUGGGAGUGGCGUCCACCUCUCGUUAUGCCACUGAGUUAGAACUAUUUUCAUAUACUAUAGAUAUUCCUUGAUAGGAAUGAGGUUAAACUUGAUAUGAAUGAAUGAGGUAUGAAACGUAGAAAUAGGGCAUUCACAGAGAGCAGAUCGCAUCUACGGCUGAUAGAGUUGUUGUGGUUGCUCGUUUCAUCACUUCCAAACUUCACAACUGAAGCAAGAACACGAGUGUUUUGGGUUUCAAAACAGCUAUUGCCUCACACAAGGAAAUAUAAGAAGUCACAAAACCCAUCCGCUGCCAUAUAUUAUACCAACCGUGCACUGUGCUUUUUAAAGCUGCAAAGCUGGACAAAGGUUGUCACAGACUGUCAGAAAGCAAUUGAAUUAGAUCCAAAGUCGGUUAAAGGCUAUUACUUUUUAGGACAGGCACAUUUGGAGCAAAAGAAUUACGAUGAUUCAAUCACAAAUUUCAAGCGAGCUCAUGAUCUGGCCAGAGACCAGAAACUAAACUUCGGAGAUGACAUCGCCAGUGAGAUAAGAAUUGCGAAAAAACAGCGUUGGAGUACUUUUGAAGAGAAACGAAUAACACAAGAAAUCGAACUACAAACUUAUGUUAACCGAUUGAUACAAGAAGAUAGGGAAAGGCAAAUUUCAGAGCUCUCAAGCGAUUCCAAGUCCGAAGAAGAAGUAGAAAAAAUAACAAGCAUUGCGGAUGAGAGAUUAUGCCAGUUGAACGAACUUUUUGCACAAGUCGACGACAGACGAAAGAAACGGGAUGUACCAGAAUACCUUUGUGGUAAAAUCAGUUUUGAAAUAAUGAGAGAUCCUGUCAUAACCCCAAGCGGAAUAACAUACGACAGAAAGAACGUUGAAGAACAUCUACAGAGGGUCGGCCACUUUGAUCCAAUAACAAGAGCUGAACUGACAUCAGAUCGUCUGAUACCUAAUCUCGCCAUGAAAGAAGUGAUAGACUGUUUUCUCGAAGAAAAUGGCUGGGCCAUUGAUUAUUGAUGCGGUUGUCUAAAUAUCUAUGGUUGUGCAUUCAGUUUAUGUGCUGUUUUGAGUAUAACGUGCUUUGGGCUUGACUGUGCUAUCACCAACUGUUUGCCUCCGAGAAAAGUGCCCAAGAUGCGUUGUGCCAUACGCACGGGACAUGCAAAACAUCCGGAAGCUUUACCAAUAGGUUGGAAAUGCUGGGUUUAUCGAAUAGCAUUAAGAAAAUAUUGAGUACCUACCAAUCCAAUGAAUACCAACCCAUGAUCACCCAAAAGUCCAAGAAGUCUUCCUUGAAAAUGGCUUUGAAAAAGCAAACAGCCUGAAACACACUGCAGCUAUAAAACGCCAGAACAUCGAAAAAUCAAAGCUAGGAAAUAUAUAUACCGCACAGAACUAUGAUAUUUUGAAAAAGCUUGCUAUUUUCAAAGCCAUAUUUAAAUUCUUCACCUGCAAAAAAUUGUAUUGGUCUUCCUCAAUAUAUUUUCGAAAGGUUUUGUCAUUCCAAGUUUAUAAUUAUGAAUUUUUCAGUAUUCUAUUUCCAACUUUUUGCAAAAGAAAAUUACCAAGAUUUUCACAUAGCAAUAAUGGCUGCUUGGCGAAGAAAAUGCCUGCUAAAUGAAUGCUUCCUUUAUAGUUUGCCAGUCAAUUAACCUUCUCCAUUUUACUUUUGUACUUUACACAAUCCUUUCUAUGCAUUAUAAUGCAGUGUAAUAGCGAAAUUCUUUUCGUGAAAAUGUUGGUCCCAUUUCAAAAUAUACCUACAUGGCAGCAAGUCUUUACUAAGCGCUUUACACUGCCAUCAGGCGAUGAAUUCUUAUUUUCAAUGUUGUCAUUACGAUAUUGUUUUUCAAAUCUAUUUAGAAAAAUGAAAUAUUGUUUAUAUUUUUGUUUUCAGAAUUAUUGCCUAUAUUUUUAGUAUCUGAGCUAAAUGGAAACUCUGAAUAGUUGAAUUAGAGUUAAAAGUGAGUCAGACACUGGUGA